AUGUCAUCGUGCGCAGGACAAGAGUCUGAGCUGCGUCACAUUCCUCACUUUCUUCCCAACAGUCACAGGUUGAGGAGCUGUAUUCUGAUGCAAAGUGGGGAGCCGGCUACAGCAGAGGGGACGUGUGGUCGUGCAUUUAACCCGAUUCUCGCGCAUGAGACGCUGAAGUUUACCAGAGACGUAGCGGUCCACAAACCAGGAGGAACUACAGGACACCGGGGAGAGGAGGCGCGGAACCCGGGGAGAGGAGGCGCGGAACCCGGGGAGAGGAGGCGCGGAACCCGGGGAGAGGAGGCGCAGAACCCGGGGAGAGGAGGCGAGUGGACCCGGGGAGAGGAGGCGAGUGGACCCGGGGAGAGGAGGCGAGGAACCCGGGGAGAGGAGGCGCGGAACCCGGGGACAGGAGGCGCGGAACCCGGGGACAGGAGGCGAGGAACCCGGGGAGAGGAGGCGAGGAACCCGGGGAGAGGAGGCGAGUGGACCCGAGGCUCCUGA